UUUUAUUAACACAAAAAUAAAAGAGAGACCUUUUUGAUUCAGGAAUGUGAGAAAACUUUAAUCCGCCGGAGGAGGUAACGAUGUCACUCUGCCGGAAAAUUCAUAGUUCAGGUAGACUGGCUCGUGGGUCAGACCCAAGGUUCGAAAACCCUAAUUGAAGAAGAAGAACACAAUGUCUCAGACGUUUUCGUCAGGCACGAUACAAAAGAUAAAGCAGGCAGCUUUGGGGCCUAAUUUGUCUUGGCAGCACGAUGAAGAACGGUACAGUCGAUCUUGGGUUUAAAAGCACGCAGCUUUUUGUAAAAAUCUCUUCUUGGCUACUCAAUCAAGAACUGCACUAUAAUAGAAAUAUCUUUUCUGAAGCCGCUGGUGCGUUUUCUAGUGAUUUAAGAGGCUGGUCUUAUAGGAUUCUUGUUGCUUCUGCCACAACGAGACUCUGCUAUUCGUAACAGAUGAGCCAUGUCGAUUUCUUGAAGGUUUUGAAACCCUUUGGUUUGAAAAUUGAUGGUUAUUGCCUGGAAGUUUAAUUAGAGUGUGGUUGUUGGCUUGUUGCGUUGUAUACAAUGCUGAAAAUUUUGUGGUUUGACUGAUGAUGUAAUAAGGUGUGGACAGAAUCUUUAUGAUGCAGAGUGGGUGUCAUGAUACAGAGUUGGCAGAGACUUUGUUUAUCUUAUUUUAGAGACACUUGAGGAGAGGUGACAUUAGGGUAGGCCUAAGAUCUUUAUCAAGAUCAAGUUUUUCUCCAAAUCACACAACUCGAUUUGGUUUACUGUGAAAAUGUACAUUACAAGGCGUUUGUCAGAGUACCAGAGGAAUCCAGCAGAGCUAACACGACCUCCUCCUGAAGGUCCAAACUCUGGAAUUUUGGUAAUCCAAGACCAAGACAAACAUAGACGGGCUACAUGCUGCUUCAGCUCGUGGUUGGUGUUGGAAACUUGUCUAAGUGGUUUGCCAUUGCCGCAAAAUCUUAAGCUAGCAGUCACGUUCAAUAUCGGAGGGGAUGACGCUACUCGUGAUCCAGUUGUGUUCAUUCCUGUUCUUGAUAAGCCUCUAUCUUCAAACUGUUACUACGCUAUUAAACGACGUGGGAAGCAUUCAGGUAAAGCGGCUGGUAAUGCGAAAGAGGAUGAUAUAGAAACCGCAUGCUUUUGUAUUAAGCAAGUUGCUGAAGCUGAACACAAACAGCUAGAUCCUUUUGACAUAUACCAACAACUCGAGAUCCAUCAAAAGAACCCGUCUUCACGUAGGCGUUAUUACUACGCAACAUCUGUUGCUCCUGAUGGAAUCCCACCAUGGUUUCUCAGGAAUAGAGAGUGGAAUGUUGAAUGCGUGAGGUCCCAAGACUUUGAACUGACAGAUGAUGCAAAAGGAGUCAACAAAGAGCUUCGUGCCGAGCUUCCAAAUCUUGGUAUGAGCACUGUGGUUGGGAAGUGGUAUGUCCCUUUCAUAUUCGUGAAAGAAAGAGACGCAAAGGAUCAGAUCAAGAAUUCAAUGUAUUAUUACAGCAUGACUCUUGAACAAAGAUGGGAAGAAGUUUUUUCUUGUGAUGACGACAAAAGUGAGAAGCGUGAUGUUGUAUUUGAUGUACAAGGAGAGACAGAAGUUGUUAAGCUUGAGGGACAAGAAGAGAUUGAAAGAGGUGUGGAAGCAAACGGGUUUGUCUGGUUUGGGGUUGGAGAUGAAAAGAUUGGUUUAGGAUCGGUUGUUGUUGAGAGAAUGAAAUGGGAAGAAGAGAGAUUUGGGUGGACAAGUAAAGGUGACCAGGAGAAAGAAAUGGCGGGUAAGAGAUUGAAGAAAUCAAAAGAUGGUAGCUUUUGGACGAGUUAUCAGUGUUAUGUUCUGAUAGAGAGCUUUGUGUUGAAGAGGAUGGAUGGGAGUUUGGUCUUAACAUAUGAGUUUACUCACGUCGAUAAGGUCAAAACCAAAUGGGAUUAAGUAUUGUCACACAACGAAUCUG